UUUCCUGUCGCUUCAUCUUGAACUGAAACACAACACAACCCUUUUAACAUAAUGGUCGCGUCCGUUUAAUAGCGGGCUAUUUUGUUUCGCGUGUUAUAAAUGACUUCCUGGUCUAAUAACAUCGAGUAAUCGUGAGAAUAAUGGAUAUUUCCACUCCACCAGAAGAUCAAGAGCUGCGUAAUGUCAUUGAUAAACUGGCUCAGUUUGUGGCCCGAAACGGCCCAGAGUUUGAGAAGAUGACCAUGGAGAAGCAGAAGGACAACCCCAAGUUCUCCUUUCUGUUCGGAGGGGACUAUUUCGGCUACUACAGAUACAAACUGGCCAUCGAACAGCAGCAGCAUUCUGGCUCUCAUGAUGAUGAAUAUAAAAUGGAAGCAGUGCUCUGUAAACCUCCGGGUAAAGAGGUGGCAGAUGUUCCUGUGCCGAUGACGAUGCUCCCGCCACCGUCCACGCCAUCUGUGGAGGAGCUGAUCCAGCAGAGCCAGUGGAACCUGCAGCAGCAGGAGCAACACCUGCUCAGCCUCAGACAGGAGCAAGUGACGGCCGCCAUCUCUUUGGCGAUGGAGCAGCAGAUGCAGAAGCUGCUUGCGGAGACGCAGCUGGACAUGAAUGAGUUUGAUAACCUGCUGCAGCCCAUCAUAGACACCUGCACCAAAGACGCCAUAUCGGCUGGAAAGAACUGGAUGUUCAGUAAUGCUAAAACCCCGCCGCACUGCGAGCUGAUGGCGUCACAUCUCAGAAACCGCAUCACUGCUGAUGGGGUGCUUUUCGAGCUCCGCCUACAUCUCAUCUAUCUGACCAACGACGUCCUGCAUCACUGUCAGAGGAAAAAUCAGAAGGAUCUUUUGGCGGCUCUUCAGAAGGUCGUGGUUCCCAUUUACUGCACCAGCUUCCUGGAAGUAGAGGAAGACAAGCAGCAGAAAAUCACCCGCCUGCUGCUGCUCUGGGAGAAGAACGGUUACUUUGAUGACGUCACCAUUCAACAGCUUCAGAGUCCAGCUCUGGGUCUGGGACAGUAUCAGGCGUCGCUUAUCACGGAGUACGCUCCGGUGGUGCAGCCCAUCCAGAUGGCCUUCCAGCAGCAGAUCCAGGCUCUGAAGACGCAGCACGAGGAGUUUGUGAAUAAUCUGAAGCAGCAGCAGACAGCAGCGGUAGCAGCAGCCACAGUCCGCUGUCGUCAGCUGACGACUGCAGACGCCGAUGUGAAGACCCAAGCGCCCUUGACCUCUCAGCCUGAUUUAAAGCCUCCUCCAAUGGCCGGUCCUCCACCUGGCGAUUACGAAGGCGCUCCGAGCCGACCAUCAGACUCGAACCCGGCAUCAUCGUCUGACAUCCCCUCCUCUAAACAGGGCUGGUUCGAUCCGAAGCACAACCUGCCGGCGUGGAACCCUCAACAACCUCCGCCAUUCAACCCAACCCAAGCCCCGCCCCCCUGUCCACCUUGGAACAGCCACGAGGGCAUAUGGAACGAGCAGCGGGACCCCAACUGGAGCGGCCCUCGGGACGGGGGCCCCACAGGCCCCUGGAGCAGCCAGAAUGAGCCGCCGCCCUCCUGGAGUGGUCAGUUUGACCAGCCGCCGUGGAACAGCCAGUCAGAUCAGCCGCCGCCGUGGGGCCAGAGGGAGCCUCCCUUCCGCAUGCAGCGUCCGCCGCAUUUCCGCGGACCCUUCCCUCCUCAUCAGCAGCCACCGCCGUUCAACCAGCCGCCACCACCACACAACUUCGGACGCUUCCCGCCACACUUCAUGCAGGACGAGUUUCCUCCGCGGCAUCCCUUCGAACCGCCGCCAUAUCCGCCGCACCCAUUCGACUACCCACAGGGAGACUUCCCAGGAGAGAUGGUUCCGCCUCCUCAUCACCACCCGAACCAGAGGAUUCCUCCUCCUGGGAUAUCUGAUCCUCCUCCGUGGGGUGGGAACCAGCAUCCUGAUUUCGGGCCGCCGCCGCCUCACGGCUUUAAUGGUCAGGCGCCACACGUGCGUCGACAGACCCCUUCUCACGUCACUCAGGACGACCCCAGCCUGGUGCCCAACGUGCCCUACUUCGACCUUCCCGCAGGACUCAUGGCGCCACUCGUGAAGCUUGAAGAUCACGAUUACAAGCCUCUGGACCCCAAAGACAUCCGUCUGCCGCCUCCGAUGCCCCCCAGUGAGCGUCUGCUGGCCGCGGUGGAGGCGUUUUACAGCCCACCGUCCCAUGAGAGACCCAGAAAUAGUGAGGGUUGGGAACAGAACGGUCUGUACGAGUUCUUCCGGGCCAAAAUGAGAGCGAGGCGGAAAAAGGAACAUGAAAAACGCAACAGCACCCGAGGGAGUCCAUCGCGCAGUCGGUCGCGCAGUCGAGGACGAUCCAUGUCACGCUCCAGCUCCAGAUCUUCCAAAUCCUCUCGCUCCAGAUCCCGCUCUCGCUCCUACUCCAGAUCUCGCUCCAGGAGCAGGAGUCGCUCCAGAUCCAGGUCCCGAAGUCGCUCCCGCUCCAGAUCUCGCUCCAAGUCACGAUCUCCAGACAAGCGCGCUCACGCUGCAAAAUCACGCAGUCCAACGCCACCCUCCACAUCUGGUUUGGGUUCAGUCCCUGCUGCUUUACCAGUCGACCUCAAGCUGGGCGAAGAAAACAAGGGCCAUCAGAUGCUCAUGAAGAUGGGCUGGAGCGGAUCAGGGGGUCUUGGUGCUAAAGAACAGGGCAUUCAAGACCCCAUCAAAGGAGGAGACAUCCGGGACAAGUGGGACCAGUAUAAAGGAGUGGGAGUCGCACUGGAUGACCCGUACGUGAACUACAGGAAAAACAAAAGCUACAAUUUUGUUGCAAGGAUGAAAGCACGAGAAAAAGUAAGCAGAGACCCCCAGGAGCCCUCCAGCACAGAGUGAUCACACGUGGCCUGUUUUUUAACUGUAGAUGUCAUAAAGCUGGUUUGACAUUAGUUUGGAUGUUUAGCCUUACUUACCCUUGGCUCUUUUUUGUAGUAAAAUGCAUCAAAGCAUCAUAUUGUGUCAUUUCAAGCGCUUGCUUUGAAUUUUCUGAGACUCUGUAAAAGCAAAAUAAAGAUAUUUUAAAAAGG